AUGAACUCCAUAGUGUCAAAAAGGCUUCUAGCCACCAAUGCCGCAAGCAAAAACCACUUUGCCAUCUUUGACAGAGCAGCAAAGACUCUUCAAAGGUCAAAGACGCCCCUCACAUCGCCAGAUGCCUCCAGAAAGGCAGAGUAUCUUCGUGACGAAGUGGCCAUCCGAACCAUAGAACGGUUGGGAUUCAUAACCCGAGACUUGAACAAAGUGUUGGAUCUCGGUGCUCAUGCUGGUAACUUUGUCAAGAACCUUUGCAUCGAAACUCCACUACCUCCCAAUGGUGACAAGGCCGACCAACAAAUGGUGGACCAGCUUAAUAAGGACAAGGAGGCCAUCCGCAACAAGAUCCAGGAGUUGGUGAUGGUGGAUUCUUCGACAGAAUUGCUCCAUAGAGACAUGGGUGAAACAUUCAACAGCGAGUUUUCGGGGAAGAUCACUCGAGUGGUUGCAGACGAGGAACUGUUUGACCACGACGUGUUGUCGGUCUCUAACCAGUACGAUGCUGUGAUCUCCAAUCUCUCGUUGCACUGGAUCAACGAUCUUCCGCAGGUGUUGAAGAACAUUAACAAUGCUUUGAAGCCAGACGGACUUUUCAUGGGUACUAUUUUCGGAGGUGAUACGUUGUACGAACUCCGUACUUCACUUCAGCUUGCGGAAUUAGAGCGUCGUGGAGGCAUGUCUCCUCGAGUUUCGCCCUUGGUGCAUUUGAACGAUGUGGGAAGUUUGUUGAACAAAGCAGGGUUCAGCAUGCUCACCAUCGAUACAGAAGACAUUGUGGUGGGAGGAUUUCCCGACUUAGUGUCGCUUUGCUCGGAUUUGCAGGCGAUGGGCGAGCAGAACAGUUUGGUUUCAAGAGCAAAUCACUUGCCCAAGGAUGUUCUUCUCGCAGCCAAUGAGAUUUGCAAGACUUUGCAUGGAGAGGUCGCAGAAGAUGGAACCGUGACCAUUCCAGCUACGUUUAAUGUCAUCUUUAUGAUUGGGUGGAAGAUGAGUGAGUCUCAACCACAGCCUUUGGAACGUGGAACGGGCCAGAUCAAUCUCAAAGACGUUUUAUAG